AUGACGUCCAAGAAGGACUCCCCACCACUGCCUCCGUCCGCAUGGUCCUUCGCAUCUUCCGUACAUCAGCCGGAUAGUCCCAGCAGUCCAAGAGUCGGUGCUAGUGGUAUGUCCAGUUCGCAUAGUGAUACUGCUCGUCCACGUCCCAGCAGGCACAGCAGUCUUCCCGGGGCGUUGUUUCCCUCACGCAGCGCAUCCAUCUUCGGCUCUGCAACGACUGCAGAGACGCCUUCCAACGGCUUGGCCCGCUCUGCGCAAACUGAGCCGGCGAACAACGACCGCUCGCAAGUCCACCCUGCCCUUCAGCCUUCUGCGCUCAAACAGCACCAGUACGACACCGAGGCGAGCAUGUCGGUUGAUGCCCGUCUGAUCCCCAGGGUUGAAAGAGCGGAGAAAGAUGCGGAUGACCCUACAACACCACCUGCUUCUGGUCGAGGAGCUCGGAGAACUGAGUCGACAACCUUGACAACACUGAGUAGGCUGUUCGCUGUUCAGGCCGCGACUUCGCCCGACCAUUCUCGCACCUCAUCCUACGUCGCGCAGGCUCGCCAGCCGUCUUCCUAUGCCCGCUCCAUUCACCUAGCCGAGACAACCGCCCUGCCAGAGCAUCUCUACUCGCGUGGUCUUCUCAGUGGCAGACAUUCCGAUAUCACUGUGCACGCCUUCGGCCAGCCCUACAGGCUCCAUCGCCUGAUCCUGGAUCGCUCGCCAUUCUUUGCAAGUGCUCUGAGCGAACCAUGGCUGGAGGCGAACGCAAAGGAGAUGACAGUCCAUCCGGAAGACAUCGACGGGUCGAUUACUCAAAGAUCAUUCGACCUAGCCCUGAAGAGACUCUAUGGCUGUGCCAAUCUGGACGAAGAAGACGAGAAUCCCGUGGGCCUCUUCGCAACAGGCUGUUGGUUGGAAAUACAGGACCUCAUAGAAUGUUCUAUCGAGUCCAUGCUGCGUCAAAUGACUCCGGAAACUUUGUCGCCUCUCAUCAGGUUGGUUACCAACAACUAUUACGGUCGUGCAGGCGAAAAGAUCCUCGCCAGCGCGAAGUCGAUGCUCUGCAGAGACGGAUGGCGAAUGCCGUCGAGGCACUGGGACGGCAUACCCGGCGACAUUGUGAGGGAAAUCGUGGGAGGUGAUGGGUUUUUCAUCGACAAUGAAUGGGACAGAUGGAUCUUGGCCAAGAAGCUGCUGGACCGCAGAUUGCAGACACAGGCUGCAGCUGCUGGUCUGCUGGAGCCAGGAAGGAAGCGCAAAGUCCAAAAGGUGCCUCAAGCUGCAAACCUCAUGGCGGUGCGGUUUGAUACCGUUUAUCGAAGACAUGGCUCCAAUGCAGGCAGAGGUGUGCCGCAGAGCUUGCAGAAGUGGAUCGCGUUGUACACGCAUCCGGACGUGGAACCGCUGCUGGUUCUCUUGGAUGAGGGCAUACAUUACGUUCAUUUGGACUUCGAGCGGCUUCAAUAUAUCAGGACAGCGAGGGAUUGUCUUGGACUGCCAGUGCUCCCGGAGAAAGUAAUAAGUAAUGCCCUCUGGCAGCAGAUGGAGUUGCGCCAGAGGGUUAUGAAUGUACGAGAAACUGACCUAGAACUUGGACUUAGCGUGCAGUACACCGAAGACACGGCAGUCAGCACGAGUCGGGACACGACCAUGCCUAUCGCGUCGCGCUCGGACACACAGCGCGCCAAGGGCAAGCGCAAGGCGACAUCGGAAGAGGGUCAGGACGGAGAAGAUAUUGAGAGUGGCUCUUGGGACGGCAAUGGCAAGCCACGGAAGUUCUGGAUCCCCAGCUCUGACUGCAACAUACUUAUGGGCGCGAGUGCUGAACCUAUCAUCGCCACGUCGAAUAAUACUACAAUGCAGAGAUACGCGAGCAGGAUGAGCGCGAACCUUCAGCCGGAAGACGUGCAAUGGGCAGCGGACUUUUCCGCAGCUACUUCGCAGCCUCGCCCUUCACUCGAGAACCCAGAGCCAGGCCAAAGUGAGCCAACUGCCACGUUCUCGCACUAUCCACCUUUCCGAUUCGCUGCCGAGUUUCCUAAUCCACGGCUUCUCAAAGAAAAGAAGCGCUUCUACAGUAGAACUGUUUUCUACGCCGGUAGCUUGUGGAAUGUCUACAUCCAGAAGAUAGCCUCUUCUCGGAGCAAGCAGCUUGGCGUAUAUUUGCACAGAGCCAAAGAAAGGGAGACCGAAGAAGUCAUUGCAGGGACUGCUGUGCUGGCGCAAGGCAGUGUGGACGAGCGCAUUGGCCAACUGGAGCGUGAGAUGGUCAUGCGUAGUGAACGACGUGAGCGCCGGCAGUAUCGACGUACAGUGGUAGGAUCUGACGGGCCAGAAGGUGAUGGAGCUGAAAGCAGCGGCAGUGCAGGAGUCGAAGACGGCUCCCUGCUUGGCGGCAACAUGGAAGGUGGAUCUGGCACUUCUGCGGGGGCAAGCACAAUGCGCAGUAUACUGGCAUGCGGACACCAUAAAACGGGACAAACGGACAUCCUUAGCUCGUCGCCGCCACAUGGAACAGAUAGUCUUGUCAGCACCGACGAUAGCCUUACACCGGAUUUGGAUGACGAUGAGCUAGAUUUGGAGACGGAAUCGCAGACCUCCGAACCUACUUCAAACAAGUUUCACGUCCCCGCGCUCCCGCCUUACGUAGACGCAAGGCCGACGAUUCGGACGUACUUCAAAAUCUACAGCCCAUCUCGAGGCGGAAGGAUGUUGUCAGUCUACGAAUCCGCACCGGAUAAAUUCAACUUCUCUCAGUCAUGGGGAUGGAAGAGCUCUACCUUGAUGCUGGACGAAGGUCUGCUCAGCGACGAUAUUGACGACGGGAAGGAUGAUGUGGACACGGCAAUUGGGGAGGAGAGACAUAGUCGUCCAAUGAAGGGACGAGGAGACGGCAAACUGCGCUUCAUGGUUGUUAUUGGUAAUAUCUGA